AUGAUCAAGAAUAUUCACAUAAUUUCUCUCUUCUUAGUCUUCUCCAGUAUGGCGGCGGUGUCAGAGAAUAAUCCGGUGAAUGUGGGGGUUGGGGUGGUUCUUGAUUUCCGUUCAGGGAUUGGGAAGAUGGGGCUGAGCUGCAUCAACAUGUCGCUCUCUGACUUCUAUGCCUCUCAUCCCAAUUACACCACCAGGCUGCUUCUGCACCAGAGAAACUCAGACCCAGACGACGUUGUUCUUACAGCUGCUGCAGCUCUGGACGUAAUAAAUAAUGUGGAGGUGCAAGCCAUCAUCGGCCCAGAAUCAUCAAUGCAGGCCAACUUCCUAAUAAGACUCGGAAACAAAGCCCAGGUUCCUAUAAUCUCCUUCUCCGCCACAAGCCCAUCUCUCACUUCCAUCCGAUCCCCGUACUUCAUCCGCGCCGCGCAGAACGACUCGUCGCAGGUCAAAGCCAUAAGCGCCCUAAUCCAAGCCUUCGGAUGGCGACAAGUCGUCCCCAUCUACGUAGACAACGAGUUCGGCGAGGGAGUCAUCCCCUACCUCUCCGACGCUCUACAAGAAGCCGACGUCCGAAUCCCUUACCGGAGUGUACUCUCGUCAACGGCCAGCGAUGAACAUAUCACAGCGGAGCUUCUUAAAUUGAAGGCCAUGCAGACAAGGGUGUUCAUUGUCCACAUGUUGCCUGAACUUGGUUCUAGGGUUUUUGAGAAGGCUAGGGAGAAUGAGAUGAUGAGUGAAGGUUAUGUUUGGAUAAUGACCGAUGGAAUGUCCAACCUCUUUAGCUAUAUUAGUUCUGCUUCCGUGAUGAACAAUAUGCAAGGGGUUUUGGGUUUGAAAACCUACGUGCCAAAUACAAAUGAGCUCGAGAGUUUUAGGGUUCGGUGGAAGAACAAGUUCCAGCAAGACAAUCCAGGUAUUCAUAAUGUGGAUUUGGGCGUGUUUGGAGUUCGGGCUCAUGAUGCUGGUCAGGCGUUGGCUAUGGCAAUUGAAGAUGCUGUGGGUAGUAGUAAUGAAAGCUUUGGCUUUCAGAAAUCGACUUCUUCUGAUACUUCCAAUGAUUUGGAGAGGAUUGGAGUAUCGAAACUUGGUCCUCGACUAGUGGAAGCACUAUCAAUGACUAACUUCAGAGGGCUUUCAGGGAGUUUUAGCCUCCUAAAUGGGCAGCUACAAUCAUCAACUUUUGAAAUUUUUAAUGUGAUUGGUAGUGGGGAGAAGGUGAUCGGGUAUUGGACACCGGAAAACGGACUCGUGAAAAGCUUGAAUUCCAAAAGCACAAUGAACUCAUACUCUACUUCAAAUGCUAGUCUCGGAUCUAUCAUAUGGCCUGGAGACUCCAUCUUUGCUCCAAAAGGUUGGCAGAUUCCUACAAGCGGGAAGAUCUUGAGGAUUUUAGUUCCAGUUAAGAGUGGGUUCAAGGAAUUUGUGAAUGUGACGUAUGAUCCUAAAACAAACACAAGCAAGGUCGUUGAUGGAUACUGCAUAGAUGUCUUUAAAGCUGUAAAGAAAGCACUGCCUUAUGAUAUAGGAUAUGAGUUUGUUGCUUAUGCCGAUCCUAAUGGUAGCAUAGCUGGUAGUUACAAUGAUUUGGUCAAUCAAGUAUACCUUGGGAAAUAUGAUGCUGCUGUAGGAGAUAUAACCAUUAGAGCAGACAGGUCCUUGUCCAUAGAUUUUACUUUGCCAUUCACAGAAUCUGGGGUAUCCAUGAUUGUACCUAUUAAAGAUAACAAAAAUAAAAAUGCAUGGGUGUUCUUGAAGCCUUUGACUUGGGACCUCUGGGUAACAAGUGGUUGCUUCUUCAUAUUCAUUGGUUUUGUGGUAUGGGUUCUAGAACAUCGGAUUAAUGAAGACUUCCGAGGACCUCCACUUCAUCAAAUUGGCACAAGCUUUUGGUUCUCUUUCUCAACCAUGGUUUUUGCACACAGGGAAAGAGUAGUAAGCAACUUGGCUAGGUUUGUAGUGAUCAUAUGGUGUUUCGUCGUCCUCAUUCUGACUCAGAGCUACACCGCCAGUUUAACAUCACUAUUGACAGUUCAACAGCUUCAACCAACUGUUACUGACGUAAACUUGCUUCUGAAGAAUAGGGACAAUGUUGCCUAUCAUUCAGGUUCUUUUGUCCUUGGAAUUUUGAAACAACUAGGAUUUCGGGAUGAAAAUCUCAAGACCUUUGAUACUGCUGAUCAACUGAACGAACUAUUCCAUAAAGGCACUGCACAUAAUGGGAUAGCGGCUGCAUUUGAUGAGACCCCCUAUAUGAAAUUGUUUCUUGCAACUUACUGCUCGAAAUACACCAUGGUUGAGCCAACGUUUAAAACUGAUGGUUUCGGCUUUGUCUUCCCGAAAGACUCACCUCUUGCUCGCGAUGUUUCAAGGGCAAUCCUGAUUGUUAAUGAGGGAGGUGAAAUGCAAAGGAUUGAGAAUUGGUGGUUCAAAAGACAAGAGAGUUGCAAAGACACAAGCAACAGUACUGUCUCAUCCAACAGUCUUAGCCUCGAGAGUUUUUGGGGCCUCUUCCUCAUUGCCGGGGUCGCUUCAUCAGUGGCUCUCGUCACAUAUGUUGCCAUGUUCUUGUAUGAAAACAAGGACAUUCGACUGGAUUCAGAAUCUUCAUUUUGGAGGAAAGUUCUUGUCAUGCUUAGAAUUUAUGACCAGAAAGACCACAGCAGCCAUACAUUUAAGAAGAGUGGGCUGGAGUUUCACCACAACUACCCCGCGAGUUCAUCAAGCUAUUCAAACCACACUGAAGCGCACAAUGUGUUUGCAGAGCAGACAAUACCAUCUCCCGAGAAUGGUGAUUUCAGUCCCACUAAUGGUCAAUCAACCAGGGAGAUUGAAUUAGCUAUUGAUCAUCCUUAA